AUGGCCGCUCAAGCUAAUUCCGCCAUCAAGUCCCCGAGCGACGCCCCGACCGCUCCCUCAAAUGUCGACCCACCAUUGCCCCCGCCGCCGACGGACCAUCUGCGCUCCUUCAUCAGCCAGCCCGUAGUCGCUGCAUUCUGCGCAGGUGGUGUCGCCGGUGCCGUCUCCCGGACUGUUGUCUCGCCGCUGGAACGCCUCAAGAUCCUCUUCCAAAUACAGUCCGCCGGCCGAGAGGAAUACAAGCUGUCCGUAGGCAAGGCCCUCAAGAAGAUGUGGCAAGAAGAAGGAUGGCGUGGAUUCAUGCGCGGGAACGGCACCAACUGCAUCCGGAUCGUGCCCUAUUCGGCAGUCCAGUUCGGCAGCUACAAUUUCUACAAGCGCAAUGUCUUUGAGGCGUACCCUGGGGCCGACUUGUCACCCUUCAUGCGCCUCACGUGUGGUGGGCUUGCGGGAGUGACCUCCGUCACCUUUACUUAUCCCCUCGACAUUGUGAGGACAAGGCUCUCCAUCCAGUCUGCGAGCUUUGCCGCCCUAGGCUCAAAACCCAAAGAGCUGCCAGGAAUGUGGGCCACCUUGGUGGGCAUGUACAAGAACGAGGGUGGACUUCUGGCACUCUACAGGGGCAUUGUCCCAACCGUGGCGGGCGUCGCUCCAUAUGUCGGCUUGAACUUCAUGGUGUACGAGCAUGUGCGCAAGUAUCUGACUCCCGAAGGUGACAAGAACCCAAGCGCAUGGCGCAAGCUGCUUGCGGGUGCGAUAUCAGGUGCUGUGGCGCAGACCUGCACAUAUCCAUUUGACGUCCUGCGACGACGGUUUCAGAUUAAUACGAUGGAUGGAAUGGGCUACAAGUACACGUCCGUGGGCGAUGCUUUGACCAAGAUAAUUGCCAACGAGGGAGUCAAGGGUCUUUACAAGGGCAUAGUACCGAACUUGUUGAAAGUCGCACCCAGCAUGGCGUCGAGCUGGCUCAGUUUCGAGAUGACACGCGACUUCCUCGUGGCAUUGGGCCCAGAAGAGCGGAUUCUAUGA